AUGUCUGAGGCAGUUGACGCAAAAGUGCGACCAUGUGACGCAAUUCAACAUGCUGCUUCGACAUGUACCCAGCCAAAUUCAAACACAGAACUUGGGGAAACAGGUCGUUCUCUGAUUUGCGAACCGGUGAAGAUGACAUCCCAAACUGUUACGGAAGGGGUCGUACAAAUACUUAGUGUAUCACAUGCAAGCGGGGAAGACUCCACGCCGUUUAUAAGCUCAGCAGAAUCGUCACCUAAUGAUAUUACUGAUAAUGUCAGUGAAAGCCUGAAAAUAGAGCGUAAACCGUCGGCCAAAUGGACGAACAAGAUGAGAAGGAAUCUCAGUAAUUGGAUUCGUCAUAGAGACAAGGCUAUAAGUAGCAAUACUAUUGGUAACGAUCAUAAUGAAGAAAGAGUAGGUAAAAAGUGCAUUGAAGUUAGCGAUACUCUUGCUGAAAGGGUCCCAGCACAUGGAAAGGAAAGGCUGGCUGAGCGGAACAAGGCUGGACACCUUGAUGAUAGUACACAAACAGAUAGAACAGAUAAUAAUAUAGAACAUACACAACAAAUAGACAUUGAAUAUAGGGCUUUAAUAGCCCGACAACUGUCAGCGCCACAACCAUUCCAUGAUUUUUCCCAAGCAAAUAACGCCACUGUCGACAUGCAGUCAUUCAAAGUGUCAGCUCGACGCGUACGGAAAGCAUCCGCCCCGGACACGGCCGGUGCCAACAGUCAGUAUCUCAAUAGGCUUUUAGACGGCGAAACCGAACCCCUGGGGACGCCAAAAUAUAUCAGCCGGGAUGCGUACCGGAACGAAAGAUUAGUUAACAACGGAAACAAAGGAGAGAUCCUGCACCACAGGGCAGCUCGUGACCAGAAAUUCGUAUUCAAUAAGAUAGCCAUCGCCCAAGAUAGUAGCCGGAAGUACUUGCUCAGUAAGAGUGCUGCCAGCCUAAUCUCACCGACGUCUGCACCCAAUAUGACCCCUUCCGCUCCCUCGAGCGCCAACUCAAUGGAUAUCCGAAGCUUGAGUAGAGACCAGAUAUGUCCACGGCAGGUACAAGCCAUUCCAGCCAACUUGGCAAGCCCCAGAAGUGGUGUGAUGACGAGCCCUUGUAGUCCUAGGCGAAGCUCGAUACGACGCAGAAUGACUUACGAUGAUCGGUCAGGCUCGCUGGUGCUGAGAUCUGUAGCAAGUGAAGCACCGCUCAGAGACGUGCGCUCGAGCCCGGUUAUGCAAAUAUCCUCGCCCCGAAAUAGAGACAUUUCUCCCAGAAACAUGGAUUUUAUGUCGCCCAGAAAUAGAGAUGUUUCUCCUAGAAAUAGCGAUUUUCCGCACGGAAACGGAGAUAUGUCUAGUGUAAAGAAAAUUGAUAUCGAUUCAAGACGACUUAGGAAUGUGAGCAGCGCUGAACCCUCAGAUAAUUCGUCUAGUUUUCUAGUUCACGACUCGGUGAAACGAAGCUCCUCGGAUCGCAUGUUCGGGUCCAAGAAUGGCGCUAACCCCAAUCUGAAGUUGGGACAAGCGGCGCGAUGGAUUCCAUCAGAUAACGAUGACAGUACAGGCCCGCCCUCAAGGGGCUCGUCUUCGACUACUAGUACUUCUUUAACGGGUCGUAAAGAAACAGAUCAUGAACAUACCUUUGGAGACCCAAAAAAUCGAGAUUCACACCUGUCCAAGUCCCUGCGACAUUCUUUCAAGAGGUGGCUUCCUGGGCGCAAACCCCGGUCCAAGUCCACGUCAGAUGCGAUGGGACAACAUCCGAAAGCGGCAGUGGAGUUGCUGCAAGAGCGCAGCGAGAGUAGCAAGAUAAACUCGCCACUAGAACUGCAGAAAUCCAUGUCGCUCUCCGCCGCGGACCAGCAAACACACGCAGGCACACAUACAUCAGUACACGUGCCCAUAUCUAACCCGAAUACUAUGACAAACCGGUCACAGUAUAUUUUAUCCUCAUUUUCGAUUAAGACUCAAAAUACGAACGCUCGCGGUCAGAUCUCCGUCGUACCCGCGGUGGCACGCUCCCGCACCUACUCCCCUAGCUACCAUACACCACAGGGUGCACGAGAUGCUUCUCCUCUUAGUCUCAGUGGGAGCCCCUUUUGUAUGCGACGGAGGUCUUUUGCUCAGCCACAGCGGGAUAAGCCUCUGCGGCUACUCACAGCUGCCCAGGCAGCCACCACCGACUCGUUGCCUGGAACAUUCCGUCAGCAGCUGAGUGGUGGUCUCAAGCGAGCGUGGUUGUUCAGUUCGGGGUCUGCACCCACUAGUCGGAGGAUGAGUGAGGCAAGCCCUCAAUCUUCAACUGUCUCAGAAGACGAAGAACUGAUCUAUGACGUUGAUCCAGCCAGCAACAAUUCACGUUUGCCAGCAGAGCAAUGCAGCGAAGCGACGGUACGUGCCAUGCAGAAUUUCAAUUCGAUUACAGACGCUGGGGGACAGUGGCAUACCGGAGCGAAGCGGAGUAGUAGUCUGGGCACAUUUCCGACACCCUCACGGAGUAUGUUACAGCAGUACACAUGUCGUCUGGAUAAGUACAACUCAACAGGGACCACCAGUGGGAGCAGUUCUACCUCCUUGGAUAUGGCAUCAGAGCGGAGUUCGACCGCCGAGUUCGCGCGUUCUUGUGACGGGAUCUUAGAUUGUGCAAAACGGGUCAACACCGGUACAAAUAUUGGUUUUCAACUAUGUGAUGGGGAAGCCAAGCCGGUGAGUAUACGUAAGGGUAUGUCCUCGAACAGCGAAGACACUUACCUUAAAACGAGUAUGGAAGGUCUUGGCUUGGAAACUAUCAAUGACGAUGAAGUUCUGCACAAUGCCGACCUCGGAUACGGUGUCUACGAACGGAAUACUAGUGUACCCGAAAUAUAUAACGACUACCAUUCCGAUUACUAUGAUGAAAUCACCAGCGGUUGGGAUAGCUGUGCGUCCAACUACGAUGGCAUAAUCGAGAACUUUGCCCUGGACGAAUUGCAUAUGGGCGAGUGCUAUGAUGAAGAAGAAAUGCUGGGGAUGAUUACCGAGACUGAAGACGAAGAUGUCCAAACAGAACUAGAUCCCGGGGAAAUGUCGGCCGCUGAGGCCACCCGGGCGUCGAAGAUCGCUACGGCAAAGGUUGCAAAACAUUACAGUAGGGGCUCCGACCUCUCCAAGUCAAUGUAUAAUCUACGGUUAUCCACAGAUGCAAUCUCUGAGCUUGCUGAACAAUAACCAUAAAUAUCGCUCUAGGGGCGAUUUGAGCUUGCUGUACAAUAACCAUGUAUUGCUCUAAUGCUGUAAUAACUAUGCUCUAAUGCUGUAAUAACUACAUGCCAUGCUGUGAAUGUGUGUGAUAUAGUGUCCCAUUGGUGAAAAUUUACCAAUCCAGCACUGCAAGCUGGGUAAUCAAACGCGCUUCACAGAGCGGCAUUAGGCUUGGAUAUCACGAAGUGGAAGAUUGUGGGCAGGUGAACUACCGGCCGACGAGCGUAGAAGGAGGAGGGUGGCUCGAUCCGCACCAAGUGCACGAAUAAUAUACAACAAGUGCUGCGAUCUGAUAUCUACGUACUUCGCAUCCGUUGGAGAGGACAAAUUAUACUCGUCUCUACCGCGACAUUGCACAGAACAAUUGUGCCAUAUACCGAGGAGCUAGUGCUGAUAGACUAGGGAAAGAGAUGGUUCAAAAAUAAAUUUAGUAGUAUUAUUUAACCGGAAUUUAGGAUGAUAUAUAGAACCGCGGUUAUGAAAUGGACAUAUGUAUAUAUAUUUAUAAACUUCUCACACACGCGCACAUACACACACACAUAUAUAUUUAUAUAUAUGUUGU